AUAGAUUAGGGCGUAGUAGGGAGAAACGAGGUCGGAUGAGGGAGUUUCAGGGGUCAGCUGGUGCGGAUGGCCGGUAGGUUGGGCACCAGUGCGUUUGGCGGUGGUCAAUGUGCUUGGGACCAGGUGACUUCCAAAUGCUUCAAGUAGCGUUUCUUGGUCAUUUUGUAGAGAAGCACGACAAGGUCGGCCGGUACUGAUUGAGGUAUUCUGGCAAGGAAAACCCUCAUUUCGAUGGAGUCUUGCAUAUGAUAGCUGCACAUCAACUAUUAAUGAAGAGCAUGCAAAGACGUGUACGGAAAUGUGUGAGCAGACGUAGCAUCUUAAACAGAUGUACAGCAUCAUCAAAAAUCAAAAGUGUGGUGCUGACUUUUGAACUCAGGGGUGAAAAGUUGUAUAGAGCGAUUGGAGGACGGGCGCGGAGAGGGUCGGUGACAGGAUGUGUGUGCGAAGAUGCGGAGGACAGUGUGAACGAAAAGUGGCUUCUACGAGAAUGCAUGAUGAAGGAAACAAUGAGACGCGAACGCAAUCAAAGAAGCACAAAAGGACGAACUACCCGAAACGGGAAGUCGGAAACAUGCGACGCAAAACCAAUAGCAAGAACAUCACAAGAACACCACAAGAAACAAGAACGCGAAAUGAAAAGAUCACUGUCUGUAUACCUACUACCUAUCAUCCUCCUCUCUACCAAAAGAGCAAAAGAAACCACGCCUCCUGUGGAAAGAAACCGGCAGCCUCCACGUUCUCUUAUUAUAAAUCCUACACAGUUCGUAAGUUUUGGCUGUUGCCGUAACUUGAACUGUGAACCGAGCGUGUCCGGGGGGGGGUGUUUGGCGAAUGUCGGGCCAGCCAACUAGACCAAAGCCACCGGUGUGAAGGGUCCUUGGCUGGCGGACAGGGGAGCACAAAAUGUCUUGAAUAUAUGGGUUGAGUAGGGUUGAGUUAGUUUGGUGGCGAGGGUAGUGGGGGAAAGGUCAGAUGAUGAGGAUGGGGGCCGCUAUCCAGAUGCUGUGGAUGGACUGGUUGUGAGGCAUGAUAUUGCAAGCAGUC